UCCACAGACAUUACAGUUCAAUUUUAGUUACAAAAGUGAAGAAAUCUUUUAAGUGUUGUUACAGAGUCCAUUUGUAUUUUCUUCAUGAAAUAGUAACUCCAUACCUAGUCAAAGUUUGUUUUUAUGUUGGGGCAGUUGGGAGGAACUGAAUGUUGAUCCUAGUCACUUACAUGCCUCCAUGGUGAAACUGAGCUCAUUUCAUUUUUCACUUAAUAUGUCUGUGCAUUAGGAAAAGUUCUUAGUAGAGAAAAGUUGUGUUUCUAUGCAGAUAUAAAAUGCCUAAAGUCAUCAAUUAUGAACAAAGGCUAAUGAGUGAGAAUUGUGUACCCACAUACAAUUUUUCUUGAAUUAAAGGGAAAAAACAGACCCUAACAGAGGAGGGUUGGACUGAGAAACAGUACCCUGAAUCCUAAAGAUAGGAUAAAGAUAUCUGGGCCUGAUCAGAGAUCCCCAAAGAAUCCCUGUCCCCUCCCCCACCCGCCCAACCUCCUGCCAGAAUGUUGGGUUUCAAAGAACACCAGGUUAAUGGAUAUCAAGAGUAGUGCAGCCUGGGCUGAGGAUAAGGAUAAUUUGCCUGAGUUACUCUACUGGAUGAACCAUUACAGGCCUUCUACUUGGUAUACCUCUCUGUGAGAGUAAAGUGAUCUUAGUCAAGGAACAUUAAAACUGUUGCUGUUGGAAAGAAGUCAUGUGAUAGGAAAACCACUGAAGGCCAACAAAGAGAGAAGCAAGAAUAGAAACAGCCCCAAAGUCUGUAACACUCAAGAGGUGGGCCACAGCCACCCAAAAGAACCAGCAUAGAUCUGGGGGCAAAUAGACCUGAGCCUCUGAGGGUCUGCAUGCCAGGGGGAGCAGCUGCUGAUGGAUGCAGGCCCUGCAUCUUCAGCUGAUUCACGAGGGCCAUGUCAGCGGCGGCCUCUGUGAGAGAUGCCUCCUUCUUGUCUCCUCUACAGAAAAGCCACAUGGUUGUGUGUGAGGUGGGCAGACUGCUUCCCAUGUGGGCUCCCCAGAAGAAGGGCUUGAGGCCGGCGCUAGUGCCAGGACCUUCGUGUGUCAGGCUGGGGAUCAUGCUGGUGUUGGUACUGGUUUUCCUGCCAAGCUUGUACUGUGACCUGGUAUCAGCAUAUUACUCUUCCUACGAAACAGUCACUCCCAAGAGCCUGACAGUGGAGGAAGGGGAAGACCCAGGGGAGAAGGCGUCCUAUAUGCUACUUAUGCAGGGCCAGAAGCAGCUGAUGCACCUGAAGGUGAAGAGAGACUAUUCUGUGAGUAACUUUCCAGUCUUCAGCUACCACAAUGGCAUCUUGGCGCAAGAAAUGGCUUUCAUCUCACACGACUGUCACUAUGAAGGCUACAUCGAAGGGGUCCCAGGUUCCUUUGUUUCUGUCAACACCUGUUCAGGCCUCAGGGGCAUCCUGAUUAAGGAGGGAAAAUCCUAUGGCAUUGAGCCCACAGGCACUCCAAAACGGUUUGAACACGUGUUGUACACCAUGGCACAUCAGGCUCAAGUCUCCUGUAGUGUCAGUUCCAGAGACAGCCAAGGGGUGUCCGCCAGCCAGCAACAAGAGAGCAGGAAGCCACACGGUCUCCAGGUGCUGUCCUACUUGUGGUCACACACCAAGUAUGUGGAGAUGUUUGUUGUGGUCAACAGCCAGUGGUUCCAAAUGUGGGGUGGUAACAUCAGUGAGACAGUCCAGAGGGUAAUGGACAUCAUUGCUCUGGCCAACAGCUUCACUAGGGGAAUAAACACAGAGGUGGUGCUGGUUGGAAUGGAGAUUUGGACUGAGGAGGACCUCAUAGAGGUCCCCGUGGACUUGCAAGGUAUGCUCAGGAAUUUCAACAUCUGGAGACAAGAGAAGCUCCUACAUCGUGUGGAACAUGAUGUUGCCCACAUGAUCCUUGGACAUCAUCAUCCUGAAGAGGAUGUGGGACGGGCAUUUCUCAGUGGCGCCUGUUCAAGCGGUUUUGCAGCAGCUGUUGAAUCCUUCCAUCAUGGAGAUGUCCUCCUGUUUGCAGUGCUUAUGGUCCACGAGCUUGGGCACAACUUGGGUAUUCAGCACGACCACUCAGUCUGCCUUUGUAAUGAUAAAGGCUUUUGUCUCAUGCAUGAAAACAUCAUCAGAGAAAGUGGCUUCAGCAACAGCAGCUCUGACUAUUUCUACCAGUUCCUCCGGGAGCAGAAAGGGGCCUGCCUAUUUAACAAGCCUCAGCAUAAGGGCUGCUCACAUGGGCAUUCUCACUGUGGAGAUGGUGUGGUGGAGGACCAAGAGUAGUGUGACUGUGGUUCUGCCUGUGACAAUCAUCCAUGCUGUGACAACACAUGUAGGCUGAAGGCAAAUGCAGAAUGUAAUCCUGGACCAUGCUGUAAUCUGUCAUGCCAGUAUGAACCAAAGGGACACAACUGCCAUGCUGGAGUAGGAGAAUGUAACCUUCCAGAAUAUUGUGAUGGUACAUCUGAUGCAUGCCCUGCACACAGCUACAAAUAGGACAGUACAUUGUGCCAAAAAAUCCACUACUGUGUUGACGGUCACUGCAGGAGCCCAGAUAAUCAAUGUGCACAGGUUUUCAGGUGCCCAGCAAGGUCUGCCCCAGAAGACUGUUAUACUUCCAUGAAUAACAGAGGGAACUGGUUUGGAAAUUGUGGGCGUCCCAGCUCACAUAAUGUAUUAUAUGCUCCAUAUUCAGAUGAGAAUAUAUUUUGUGAGAAAAUUAUAUGUGCAAAUAUUCAACAGAUACCACUAAUCAAACCCUUAUAUACAGUGAUUCAGAAAACCCAUGAAGAUCACUGAUGCUGGAGCAUGGAUGCCUACAACACUAUUGAUAUCCCUGAUGAUGGAGAUGUGCACACCAGUACUCUUUGUGCCCACGUGUGUGUGAAUUUCUCCUGCAUGCAUCAUUCUGUGCCCAACUAUGACUGUGAACCAUUGCAAAUGUGUAAUGGGAGAGGAGUCUGCAACAGUUUAAAACACUGCCAUUGUGAAGCUGGCUGUGCGCCCCCUGACUGCAAAGUUCCAGCACGGGGUAGUGUGGACAGUGGUUCCCCUGGCAUUCCAACCGUACAGGGAGGUGGACCUGGACAAACUGUGUCCAAAAAACGUGAAGAACUUUUCGUAGACUUGAUGAUAUUAUCCUUUAUACUUUUUGCCAUAAUGCUAAUUAUAAUUAUUUGCAUCACCAUCAUUUGUAAGGGUUCAAAAGUAGAAGCUCCUCCAGAAAAGGGUCUAGAAGCAGCUGCAGACCAGCACCCAGAAAUGAAGCCUGCAGAGGUUCCUCCACAGUUAACUUCCUCACCGGAGGCUCCCCCAGAGGAGGAAGAAGAAGCUCCAUCAGAAGAGCGAGAAGCUGAUGAAGAGGAAGAAGCGAAUGAAGAGGACGAAGAAGAAUCAUAAGUAGUGGGAGGAAGAAGUCAAACAUAUUAAACACCUCAAGUACUGAGUGAGAAUGAGAGUCUCAGUGAAGCAAAGGUCAAAUGAAAAUUGAUAGCUCCAGUGGUUCUGAUUAGGAUUAUACAGUCUAUAAAAGUAUACUAACGUGGGAGGAGGUAUUCUUCUAGUUUUAUUGUCAUUUUAGUAAUUAAGGUUUUAUUUAAUAUUUAAAUAUUUUACUACUUUUUCACAUUUCAUUUGAACUCUUUUUCAUGCAUCUAUUGACAUCAAUGACCUUGUCUUGGGCCAAUUUUCCCAGUCAACAGAAACUUUUUCAGGCCAUGCAGUCUUUCAUCUAAGUUGUUUGACAUACCCUAUGUGCCUGUAUUUAUUACUAUCACUUGGAUUUUCAUUUCAAGUAACAACUAUCUAUUAUAUAAGGACAGUUAAAAAAAUUUUUUUAUUAAGGUGUGAUUGAUAUACACUCUUAUGAAGGUUUCACAUGAAAAAACAAUGUAACUACUACAUUUACCCAUAUUAUCAAAUCCCCACCCAUACCCCUAUGCAGUCAUUGUCCAUCAGUGCAGCAAGAUGCCACAGAUCCACUAUGUGCCUUCUCUGUGCUACACUGUUUUCCCCAUGAUCCCCCACACCAUGUGUACUAAACAUAAUACCCCUCAGUCCCCUUCUCCCUCCCUCCCCACACGCCCUCCCACACCCCUCCCCUUUGGUAACCACUAGUUCCUUCUUGGAGUCUCUGAGUCUGCUGCCAUUUUGUUCCUUCAGUUUUACUUCAGUGUUAUACUCCACAAAUGAGGGAAAUCAUUUGGCAUUUGUCUUUCUCUGCCUGGCUUAUUUCACUGAGUAUAAGGUCCUUGAGGUCCAUCCAUGUUGCUGCAAAUGGGAGGAUUUGUUUCUUUCUUAUGGCUGAAUAGUAUUCCAUUGUGUAUAUGUACCACAUCUUCUUUAUCCAUUCAUCUACUGAUGGACACUUAAGUUUCUUCCAUAUCUUGGCUAUUGUAAAAAGUGCUGUGAUAAAUAUAGGGGUGCAUAUGUCUUUUUGAAUCUGAGAAGUUGUAUUCUUAUGGUAAUUCCAAGGAGUGGGAUUCCCGGGUCAAAUGGUAUUUCUAUUUUUACUUUCUUGAGGAACCUCCAUACUGCUUUCCACAAUGGUUGAACUAGCUUACAUUCCCACCAGUAGUGUAGGAGGGUUCCCCUUUCUCUGCAUCCUCACCAGCAUUUGUUGUUCUUAGUCUUUUCGAUGCUGGCCAUCCUUACUGGUGUGAGGUGAUACCUCACUGUGGUUUUAAUUUGCAUUUCCCUGAUGAUUAGUGAUGUGGAGCAUCUUUUCAUGUGUCUGUUGGCCAUCUGAAUUUCUUUGGAGAACUGUCUCUUCAUAUCCUCUGCCCAUUUGUUGAUCGGGUUAUUUGAUUUUUGGAUGUUGAGGUGUGUAAGUUCUUUAUAUAUUUUGGAUGUUAACCCCU